AGAUUUUAAAAUUGAUAAUAUACUUAAAUAUAAAAGAGUGCACUUUUUGCAUAAAAAUAAUAAUCACAAUUGUAUGUAUUAAUUUAACUAAAUAUAAAAUAUAUAUUUUAUGAAAAAAAUGUUCACCCUCCUAUUAAUAGGACACGUUUUGACUUUGAUAUCUGCAACGUCAUCAGUAGCAGUUGCCAACUACUCCAGUUCUUGUACCAUUUCCCAGUUUUCCGAUGUUAAAAGAGUAACUAGCAGUUGUAAUAAUAUAGUAAUCAAAGAUCUGCGUGUACCUGGUGGAAAACAAUUAAAAUUAGACCUGAAAAGAGGCUCAAAACUGGUUUUCGAAGGCACUACUGUAUUUGAUGUCGCACACUGGCACGGUCCUCUUGUAUUGGUUACUGGAGAAAAUGUUCAAGUUAAUGGAGCCAAAGGAAGCGUUUUAAAUGCCCAAGGAGAAAAGUACUGGGAUGGACAAGGUGGCGCUGGAGGGGUUACAAAACCCAGAUUUUUUACCAUAGAAACCACCGGUGGUUCAGUUUUCAAAAAUAUCAAACUAUUAAACUGCGCUAUGUUUUGUGUAGGAAUUCAUUCAACCGAUCUUCAUUUAGAUGGGUGGACUCUUGACGUUUCUGCUGGACAUAAGCUUGGAAAGAAUACCGAUGGUUUUGGCAUUUCAGAAAAUUCUCGUAACAUCCUAAUCGAAAAUUCCGUUGUAACAAAUCAAGACGAUUGCGUGGUUGUAAAUUCCGGAUUAAACAUGCUCUUCAGAAAUAUCAAAUGCCACGGUUCGCAUGGUUUGAGUUUUUCGUUGGGCAAAAACGAUGAUGAUAAUGCUGAUUCCGGUACUACUCGAAAUAUUACUUUUAAUGAUAUUUCUGUCGCAGAUGGAUCAUAUGGUAUCCAUGUAAAGACAAAGAGAGGAAAUGGAUUGCUGACUGAUAUUAUAUACGAAAACAUCGAAUUUAAAGGGCUGUUAAAGGAGGGAAUCUUCAUAGACCAAAAUUAUGGAACCCAUGGGAAAGUCCCACGUAAAUUUCAAAUAUCAAAUUUGAAGUUGAUCAAUGUUCAUGGAACUGUGAACAAAAAAGCCAUACCCGUUCACAUAAGUUGUCAUAGUAAUGGGUGUUCCAAUUUUGAUUGGUCUAAAAUUGAUGUACGAGGUUCAAGAAAGAAUAUUUGUAACUUUAAUCCAACAGGAUUUUCUUGUUAAAAUAUAUUAUAUAAU